AUGUUGCAUCCAAAGAUUGUAGUUGAGAGCUCACACGUUAUGGAGUUUAUUCCAACGGUGAAGGAGAGAAGAGCCAAUGGUCUGGAUAAACAAAAUUUCAUCGUCGAAAAGAUUGAAGAUGGUAUCGAGAAGAUGUACUGGAUGUACUAUAUCAAUUUACCAUACUAUCUGAUGUUGACUGCAGAUGCCUAUAUUCUACACACUUUCAUCUUAACAAUGUUCAGUUUAAGUGUGUUUGGUAUAGUGAAAUAUUGUUUAAUGUUCUAA